UGUGUGCAGGACCCUCCCACAUCACCCCAGCCCCUGCCUCUCUGAGCACCCACACACACACUGAACAGAGGAAAGUGCGGUGCCUGGUGGGCUGGGUGGGCCGCAGAGGAAGGAGCUGCCUGACUCAGAGCUACAGGAAGAGCCGGGGCAGGCGGGGCGAGAACCACCAACUGCCCGCCCGCCCGCCGGGGAAGGGGUGGGUGCCUGGGUGGGGUUUAGGUUGAGGAGAGGAUGUGACUGCAAGGCCAGGAAGCUACGGGGGAAAGUUCUGAUUAAAAUACACAUAAACAAAAGCCAGGUCCUCACUGUGCUUGGUAGUGGAUGCUGGGCAGCCGUGGUGCUGUGGACGCCCCGGGGCCCCUCCGAGGGGAGAGUUUGCUCCCAAAUGCACAUCCGUGACCGCCGUCUCUCCCCAGGAGGAAAGAGCUGGAACCAGCCUCUGACCCAUCCAGGUGCCCCGUCCAACCGACCACAAGGACAGAGAGGAGUGCUGCCAGCCCUUGGUGGCCCAGUCUGCUCUGCCAAGGAGCCCCGUGGAGCUGGGCGUGGCACCAGUGCUCAGCCCGCCGUGAGGACACCCCAGCCAGAGCCAUGGCAGGUGUCUGUGAUGGGGCCCCUGACUUCCUCUCCCCCACUGAAGACCAGGUCCUGGGGCCUGGCCUGGGCAGUGCUGUUGCUCUGAACUGCACGGCUCGGGUGGUCUCUGGGCCUCGCUGCCCCCUGCCUUCAGUCCAGUGGCUGAAAGACGGGCUCCCCCUGGGCAAUGGAAGCCACUACAGCCUCCACGGGUACUCCUGGGUCAAGCCUAACGUGUCCGAGAUGCUCGUCUCCAGUGUUCUGGGGGUCAACUUGACCGGUGCCGAGGACUACGGGGCCUUCACCUGUUCCAUCCAGAACGCCAGCUCCUCCCCCUUCAUUCUGCGCAGAGCUGGCCCGGCAGGCCACCUGGCGGCAGUGCUGGCCUCCCUCCUGGUCCUGCUGGCGCUGCUGCUGGCCACGUUGAUCUACGUCAAGUGCCGCCUGAACGUGCUGCUCUGGUAUCAAGACACGCACGGGGAGGUGGAGAUGAACGACGGGAAGCUCUACGACGCCUACGUCUCCUACAGCGACUGCCCUGAGGACCGCAAGUUCGUGAACUUCAUCCUGAAGCCGCAGCUGGAGCGGCGCCGGGGCUACAAGCUCUUCCUGGACGACCGCGACCUGCUGCCCCGCGCAGAGCCCUCGGCCGACCUCCUGGUGAACCUGAGCCGCUGCCGCCGCCUCAUCGUGGUGCUUUCGGACGCCUUCCUGGGCCGGGCCUGGUGCAGCCACAGCUUCCGGGAGGGCCUGUGCCGGCUGCUGGAGCUCACGCGCAAACCCAUCUUCAUCACCUUCGAGGGCCAGAGGCGCGACCCCGCGCACCCCGCGCUCCGCCUGCUGCGCCAGCACCGCCACCUGGUGACCUUGCUGCUCUGGAGGCCCGGCUCCGUGACGCCUUCCUCCGACUUCUGGAAAGAGCUGCAGCUGGCCCUGCCGCGGAAGGUGCACUACAGGCCGGUGGAGGGAGACCCCCAGACACGGGGGCAGGACGACAAGGAUCCUAUGCUGAUUGUUCGAGGCCGCGUCCCAGGGGGCCGGACCUUAGACCCAGAGCUGGAUCCUGACCCUGAGGGGGACCUGGGUGUCCGAGGGCCCGUCUUUGGGGAGCCGUCAGCUCCACCGCACGCAGGUGGGGUCUCGCUGGGAGAGGGCCCGGGCAGUGAAGUGGACGUCUCGGACCUCGGCUCCCGAAACUACAGCGCCCGCACGGACUUCUACUGCCUGGUGUCUGAAGAUGACGUGUAGCCCCCACCCCACCCCCGCGUGCAGGAUCACCAGGGACAUCUGGGGGCAGAGGCAGGCGGGUCGUUUCUGCAACAGGCAGGACCAGGACCCCAUCCUGGACCCUGUAAGCCUGGACCCUCAGGGGAGGGGUCUGAACCGAGCUUCCUCCUAAUGCCAGAAAAUAAAGUUGUUUUUUGGACUCUG